AAGGCGAGCCUAAAGGACAAGAUGUUCCCCAGUCCUUCCAAAGCUCCAUUGGCCAAAGGGAAAGACCAGUCUCCUGGGCCAGAAGAUGGCGCGGAGGCGAGCCCCGGCAAGGUCGCUAAGAGCUGGAGCUUUACGGAGAAGAACCGAGGGCCCAGGCAUUCUCUCAGAGUCCGAGGCAGCGCCUCACGCCAAAACUCAGAGGCAAUUGAAGGUUUAAUAAAGUCAAGCUUUCCAGGAGAGGACGUUGGCGACGACAAGAGUUGUCACUGUGAGUUUCUCGCUCAAGAAUUGCCGCCAGGGUUAAGGGUUGCGAUACGAGCAAUAUGCAUCAUGACCUUCCUGGUGUCAAAGAGAAGAUUCAAAGAGAGCCUACGACCGUACGAUGUCAUGGAUGUGAUCGAGCAGUACUCUGCAGGUCACUUGGACAUGUUGACCCGAAUCAAGAACCUACAAUCCAGGAUAGAUAUGGUUGUUGGGGCCCCUCCCCCAUCAACACCUCGCCAUAAGAAGUCCACUGAAAGUCCUAGAGUUGACCAAAUAGUGGGAAAAGGUUCAAAAGGUGAGGCAGAUGCUGCGGAGGACACAAGCAUGAUGGGACGUCUGGUCAAAGUUGAGAAACAGGUGGUCUGCAUGGACAGAAAGCUGGAUUUUCUGGUCCAUGUAUAUAUUCAGCGCAUGGGCAUCCCUCGCUCUGAGACAGAGGCCUUUUUUAACUCCAAAGAACUAUAUCCGGUGCCACCUUACCACAGCCCAGUGGAGAGCAAGCAGAAGGAGGAGAUGGUCAAGGAGGAACGGGAGAUGGACUUCUUGUGCACUGAAGGGUCUUUAGAGCCUAAAGAGCCUUUGUCGGAUGCGCAUGUGUCGGGAUCAGUGGCUUCCCCGUCUGGUAGUCACAGUCGCCCUUCUACCUCGUGGCAGCAUCAGCUGCAGCACCCUGUCAGCCAGCCGGCCUGGAACAGCAGCGUGGCCAAUACCCCUUCGCCCGUCGGCGGCAGCGAUUCUCCUAGACUGUUCCGCCUUCCCCCUCCGCCCGCUCCACCCCACGACCCUUCAAGCCAAGAGAGCGGCUCCCUCAGCAGGAGACGUCACCGGAGGCAGAGGCGUCGUCCGCAGGACGCCACCAAUGCUGGGAGCGACACGUCCCUCUCCAUUCCGUCCGUGGACCAUGAGGAGCUGGAGCGCUCCUUCAGUGGCUUCAGCAUCUCUCAGGCCAAGGAGGAUUUUUUCGGGGCGUCUUUUUUUCCAGGCUCCGGUGGCGGCGGAGGAGGGUCUACAGCGGGGACAGAAGCCGGAGCCCCAGCGCCACUCUGUGCCAAGUUGAGGCCAUUCCUCGCGGAAGGCGAAUCCGACACAGACUCGGACCUCUACGCUCCCUCGCCCUUGUCCUUCUCUGGCGAGGCCUCCUGUGGAGAGAAAGGAUGGCCCGGACUCAAGUAGCUUUGCCCACCCCCCGGCCUGCUUGGCAAAGACGCCAAAAUGGUCAUGUGACCUAGAAGCCAAUGUUGCUCAUCAUUUUGAUUCAAUGAUUUUUGAUUCAAUGAUUUAAUACUGAACAUGGACACAAUUUGACCUCAGAGCACUGUCUGGGAUGUACUAUAACACGAUAAGCAAUGCUUUAAUACAGAGGGAUCAUACUCAUUUUUGUCAUGGGCCACGUCAGAGUUAUGGUUUCGCUUGGAGAGCCAUGAUGACUGUGAACCCAUACAAAUGUAGAUCACAUAUCACAUAGACACACAGGGCUGGACUGCCACCAAAGAACCGGCCCUUGUGUCUUGGCUUAGAGCGGCCCACGUACGCACACGUACGCGCGCCCUGUAACGCGUGGUGCUGCGAGCUGAGGUGGCAGGCACUAGCCAUGGACAUGUGCUGUUGGAUAGCUAAAGACUUCUAGAUUUUCACAGGUACUUGUUUCAUUGGUAGCAAAAAGCAAGCUUUACCAUGCUUUACUUGAGAGGGAGCCAAGUAACCAAUUGACAUAAUAAAGAGGCGCCACCAUGUGGCGUGAUACCAUACUACCAUAAAUGACUGUUGCAGCACGUGUAUGUAAACAUACACACUUGUGCACGUUCGUGAUUGACAAGUGAAGCUUCAUAAAGCACUUGGGAUAGUUUUUGACUCCUCUAGAUGGCACUCUUGGUUUAAAGAUGCAGUGGAAUUUUAAUACAUUUCCAUUGCACUAACCAUUAUAUUCAAACAAAGAGCACCAUCUUGAGGAGUCAAAAACUAUCAACUAUCAAGUGCUUCAUGAAGCUUCCUUUUCACAUCACGAGACUGCACUUACAACCAUGACUGUGGAUUGUAUGAUAAACGAUAACUUCUCAGCCAUGUUCUUUGCUUAUUAUGGCGUGAAAAUAAUGGAACUAUUCUGAAGACAGAUUCUUAUAAAAUUUGUAUUCAGACAUCACUUCUGACAACACCUGCCUACCACAUAGUACCCCCACUGAUGUUGAUUGGCUCACUUUGCACCCUACAUUGUAAAUUUUUUUUCUGUUCAAUCAAACACCUACGCUCAAACCCCACGUAUACACAUUGUAGCAAGGAGGAACACAAUACUUUCCAGGACAAAUAAUUAAAAGAUAAGAUAGAGGAGGAUUACA